AUGACCAUCAGGUGCUACUAUGCCCUGAUCGGUGCAGCCCACACCGCGACAAUCGAGAAGAUAAAGGCAGCGAUCAGGCUGGCCAUUAAGGAGGUGAGGAGAGGCGCGAUCCGGUAUCACGAUCUCAGCGCGGCUGAGAACGUGCUGACCAGCCAGCGGUGUCGCGAAGAAUACGACCGACGGCAUGCUCGCGGAUGCCAAGUGUGCAUCAGGCAGCCCGCCGGAUUGGAAGCCGAGUCCCCACUCGCGAGAAUAGGCAGCCAUCCCAGCCGCUCCAAGCAGCCAGUAGACGUCACCCGACGGGUCGGCGUCUACAAGACGUGUCCGCUUCGAUCUCUCCUCGCUAAGCGGCAGAGGAAAGCUGGCACCUUUUCUCGGCCGCUCUGGGAAGCGGCUGAUACGAAGAGGUGCGCGGCGGCGAAGGAGAGACUGGUGUUGGUGGCGGAGGGAGGGGCCACGGUCGAUACGAUCUGCGGACGUAUGGGGUGGACCGUCGGCGCGAAGAGCAGAGAUGAGUGA